AAGCACUAAGAGUUAUUAAAUAGUAUCUCCCAUCUACAAAAGAAAUGCCUUAUUCGUUGCAGGGCCGGAACGUCCUUGUCACUGGAGGAUCAAGAGGACUAGGCGCAUUGGUUGCCCGGAAAUUCGCCUCAGAGGGCUCCAAUGUCGCUAUUAACUAUGUCUCGAACCGGGACGCAGCUGAGAAGGUUGCCGCUGAGAUUGAGGCUGAAUAUAAGGUGAAGACGGUUAUUGUGCAGGGUGACGGAGGAGUUGAAAGUGAUUGCGUCAAGGUCGUAAAGACAGCCAUUGAUCAAUUAGGGGGGUUGGACAUUGUGAUUUCGAAUGCGGGUUGGACUAAAAUAACCGCAUUCGGUGAUCUGGAUGCAAUGACCGAUGAAGACUGGGAUAAGUGCUGGUCCACAAAUGUCAAGGGAAACCUUUACCUUUUCAGGGUAGCACUGCCGACAUUCAACACGAAUCCAGAAGGGGGUGUGUUCAUCAUCACUUCUUCAACGGCAGCUGUCACUGUAAGUGGUAGUAGCCUGCCAUAUUCCGUCACGAAAGCAGCAGGAUUACACUUGAUGAAAUGCCUCGCACAGACUCAAGGAUCCAAAGUCCGGGUGAAUGCCGUGCUUCCGGGGCUUUUGCUUACUGAAUGGGGUCAACGAUUCCCCCCGGAGAAGAUCAAGGGAUAUGAAGAUAAGGCUGUUCUCAAGAAAACGCCUGAGGUGGAAGACACGGCCGACUUGUAUAUUAUGAUCGCCAAAAACACGUCUAUGACGGGCCAGUCACUGCAGAUCGGUAAGACUUUCCCUUUCUCGCUCAUUCUAAAAGUAUUGAUAUAGGCUGAUUUUAUAGACUGUGGCUUUGCCAUCAAAUAAACGACAGGAGUGUAUAGUCGGAGAAUGGGAGCGCAUUUGGACGACAUGUAUGGGGUAUCAUUGAUAAAGUACAUACAAUUACAUGCAUUUCUGACGCCUUCACAAGAUCAUCGGAGACGAUCAUAGAAGAAUGUGUAAUCAGAACUGCCCAAGUAAAAAGUCUGGUCGCUAACCAUUCGGGCUUUAAGGGCGGCCCGGAAACCGUCUGCAACUCGCUCUCCUUCCACCUUCAUCUCCUUGAUGCGGAUCAAACUGCCAUCCCGUGUGAAGACGUAAAGCCCCUUGCCAUCCUGUCUCUUCUCAAAUGGCGACGUCCCUUCCACAAAAGGUAGGCCAGGAGUAAGAGAGGACGGAUCAUAGCCCUGGGGCAGUUCGACUCUCUCCAUAGAAGCGAGAAUGACUCUCUUUUGUUGAAAGCUACGAGUUUCACCACCCGGAACAUCUGGUACGGUAGUAGCCGUACUCCACAACGGACCAAGUACUCGGCUCCGCUUGUUGAUUUUCGCCCACGUCCAGUUCUCCCAAUCGACAUGUCGAUCCUCUGUUGUUAUUUUGGCUGCAUGAAUCAAGUCCUGUUCCCCUUCCGCACGAUACCAACCUGCAUGUUCUAGCGGGGGGACAAAAACACCACUUUUGAUACCGUCAAUGAGCAUUCGAGCCCCCUUCGCAGAAACCAGGUCUAGCAACUCCGAGACGGUACAGGAUUCGGGGUUCGGUAUCUCAAACCCGGGGGGUGGCGUCUGUUUUAGAAUAGUGCCAUGGUCGAAGUGUUUAUCAUGGAGGGUCUGAAGAGUAACGCCGGUCCUCGUUCUACCGGCGAGGAGAGUAUGAUGUAGUGGUGCAGGGCCACGGAAACUGCAGGGACAUGAUGCAACAUGGGUAAGCGAAUAGUCCACCUAACAAGAAAUCUAUUCUUGUUUACC